AAGAUCUAUACGCCUGCGUGCCUAAGACGCGCUUGCGCAGAACGGAGCCGCCGCUGGGACGCGGUGACCCUGAGUGUCCCGACCAGGUCCGCGAUGCUGAGCAGGUUCCUGGGUCCGCGCUACCGGGAGCUGGCCAAGAACUGGAUCCCCACAGCCGGCAUAUGGGGCGCCGUGGGUGCUGUGGGACUGGUGUGGGCUACUGAUUGGCGGCUGAUCCUGGACUGGGUGCCAUACAUCAAUGGCAAGUUCAAGAAGGAUGAUUAACACACCCUUGGGGGUCCAUCUGGUGUGGUGGUGCCAACUUUUCCUGCUCCCUUGGGAGCACCCUGAGCCCUGGUCAUGGAUGGAUGCCUACAAAGUCCACCACAUGCUGGUGUUCUAAUGUGUGUAACAUUAAACUGCUCUGAAACCUU